ACAAAGGCAUGUGCGCUACCAAACAAAACAUGGGCCUGCCAUGAUCCUGACUAGGAAUAAAACAAGGACAAGAGGGCAAAAUCAUGACAGUUGGGGGUCUAAUUAGGUUUAAUGGAUGCCAGAAUCCCCAAGUUUUCCCCAAGUGUGUUAUGGGGGCGGAGUUCUGUGACAUCAUGAAUAGAUAGAUGGUCAUGCUUUAUAAAUACAUGACUUUGCUGUUGUUCAUUUUUUCCAAACCCAAGCCCAAACAGGUGUAAUAAAAAAAAAUGAAGACUCUACAUGUUGUGUCUCUUACUCUGCUGUAUGUGCUGGCAGUCAAUGCUCAGAUCAACGGCCCACUGGAAUGCCCACAGCCUGCGGUUCAGCAAGACUUUGACCCUACAAGGUAUAUGGGCAGAUGGUACGAGAUCAUGAAGAUACCAAGUCGGUUUCAGUUUGGAGAAUGCUGUCAGGCUACUUACGCCCUGAGCGAUGGUAUUGUCCUGGUGCGAAAUGAUGAGCUUCUUGCUAAUGGCACCAUCAGUUCCAUUGAGGGCACUGCCAAGAUCACAGAUCCAUCAGAACCUGCUAAACUUCAGGUCAGCUUCUUUAAGGGUGCCCCUCCUUCUCCCUACUGGGUCCUGGCUACAGACUAUGACAACUACGCCCUGGUUUAUUCUUGUACUGAUGGCUGGGAUCUGAGGCACGAUGCGUACGCUUGGAUCAUGAGCAGGGAUCGCACGCUUCCCAAAGAGACCAUCUCUGAGCUGCUAGCCAUUCUCAAAGCUAUUAAUCUCCAUAGUUUUUUGUUCAAAAAGACUGACCAAAGACCAGAGCUGUGCAGCAACAUGCCUUAAUGUGUUGAACUGUAUGAAAAGCUACACUGUAAAAAAAUUCAGUAGAAAUUGCAGCUGGGUUGCCGGUAACUUACCGUAGAUUUAAAUUUAUGUUAUUUACUGGCAAAAAAUUUUUCAAAGUUAAAUGAACAUUAAACAUUUACAAGUCUUUGUCUUUACAGAGUAAAACUAAAAGAACAGCAUCAAGCAAAACAUUCUGGGAAACAAAAUCUGAAGCAAAAAACAGAAAAAGGUUGAUGAUGAUUUCUGGUUCCCAGAAUGCUUUGCAUGAGGCUGUUAUUGUCUAGUUUUAUUCUGUAAAGAUAAAGACUUGUUAAUAUUUAACAUUUAUUUAACUUUGAACAAACUCUUGCCAUUAAAUAACAUAAAUUUAAAUCUAUGGCAAAUUACCGGCAACUCAGCUGCAAUAACAUUGUAAUUUCUACGGAUUUUUUUUACAGUGUAUAUAAAUGUAUAAGCUUUUCUUACACCCAGAUAUGUGCCUGUCAGUGGUCCUUUGCAUGAGAACGUUAAUAAAUCUGCAGAAUAAAACUGAACGAAAUGCCCAGUACUGUCUUUGCGUCUGAAACAAAGUCAUUAAAUGAAUUAAAACGAAUUAAUUUUUAAAUGCGAACAUGCAGAUCUAAGUGCGUCUGACAUGUUUUCUUGUAAAUUAUCAUUUUUGA